AUCAUAUCAUCGUCAAACAAAAACAUGUAAUCAAACAUGAGAGGAAGUACCUUUGCGAACUGUAGCAUUAUGAUGGAAAGUUUGUUGCAGAAACUCCUUCAAGCUGCUCUGAUUUUCAUUCCGGCGAUCAAUUCUCGUAACUGGGUUACUGAUAUAGGCUUCUGGCAAGCUGGUAACUGUUCUUGUACAGUUUACCCUUGGUCUCCAGAAGGUCUAUUAAAACUUGAAGAACUUCAAACGGCUCCAACUUGGGCGAUUCUGAAGAAUGUCCCGCCUCAGCUGUACUCCUUAGAAGGUAUAAGCGUCAUUGCAAGUGGAAUUGGGGAACCUCUUCAUACGGAGAAGUCGUGGCUUGAUCCGGUUAAUAUUGGUACCACAAAGGUGAAGGUGGUCAUUAAUUUGGGUUCUGCUCUCCCAUCCACAGUUGUUGUUCGUGAUGUACAAGGGAAUAUUGCUCGGGUUGCUGUUGACUACCCCAGGCCACCUCCGAAGUGUUUGAAUUGUGGGAAAUAUGGGCAUUUGUUGAGUAGAUGCCCCCAGCCUCUUUUGAAGAAGUCGCCUUUUAAGAAAGAUAAGCCGUCUGGAUCUAAAGAGGUGUCUCUUCCUUCAGUCUCUAUCCCCUCUUCUGGGCAUGAUAAUGUUGGGGAGACCACUGCUCUGACUGGGGCUGGAGUAACGCCUUCCUCCAAGCCUAGAAGGAAACGGUCCAGAUCAAAAAAGCGAUCCUUGAGUUCUCCUCCGAGAAUUUUGGAUCCUCAGUCUCCUGAGAUUUUAGAGGACCCUUCUCGGAAGAGACCUGACGAUGGUAAGAAAUGGGUUGUGAAGACUGGAGGUAAGCCUUCUUCCUCUUCUCGUCAGCCCAAACCAAGUGGGGAUGUGGAGGCUGUCUGUGUUCAGUCUGCCCCAGGUAUUCUUCGCCCUAAAAGAGAUUCUAUCCAUUCCCCUGAUCCUAAUUUCCCUAUCCCUCCGGGUUGGGCGGUUUUGUCUACCAAGGCGAAGAAAAAAGAACUAAAGAAAUGGCACAACCGCAUGCGCUGUAAUCGACAAAGAUUUGUCAGAAGCUGGGUCGCUUCAAAUAAUCUCCUGGUAGGUUGUCUUUUGGAAACUCAUGUGGCUGAGGAGAAUGCCGGUUCUGUUUUAGCCUCUACCAUACCAGGUUGGAGAAUGGAUAGCAACUAUUGUUGCUCUGAUCUUGGGAGGAUCUGGAUUGUUUGGGAUCCUUCCGUUUCAGUUUUGGUUUUUAAAAAAUCGGAUCAGUUUAUCAUCUGCAGUAUCAAGCUGCCAAAUCUCAACCAAUCUUUUGCGGUUGCUUUUGUCUAUGGGAGAAAUACGGAAAUUGAGAGGAGAUUACUUUGGGAGGAUAUUUCCUUGUUGGCGUCUUCUACUCCUCUGUCUGAGACUCCUUGGAUUCUGGUUGGGGAUUUCAACCAAGUCGCUGCCACCAAUGAACACUUUUCUAUCAUUCAGUCUUCCUUCUCCAUGAGAGGUAUUGAGGAUUUCCAGAGCUGCUUAAGGGAUAAUAAUCUCUCUGAUCUUCCGAGCAGGGGGGUUUUCUUUACUUGGUCUAAUCACCAACAAGAUAAUCCUAUCAUUAGAAAGUUAGAUAGAGCUUUAGCUAACAGCGAAUGGUUUUCUGUUUUUCCAAGCGCCUUGGCUGUUUUUGAUCCUCCGGGGGAUUCAGAUCAUUCACCAUGUAUCAUCUCCAUUGAUAAUCUGCCAGGUAGAGCAAAGAAGUCAUUCAAAUACUUCUCUUUUCUCUCUACCCAUCAUUCUUACCUUCCAUCCUUAUCUGUGGCUUGGAAGAAAGAUAUUGCAAUUGGCUCUCAUAUGUUCUCCUUGGGUGAGCACUUAAAAGCUGCAAAGCUGUGUUGCAGGAGUUUGAAUCGUCUUAGGUUCAGCAACAUUCAGCAGAGAACUGAUCUGGCUCUUUCCCAGUUAGAGACAUUGCAGAUUGCCUUACUCACUAGCCCUACUGAUUCAUUAUUCAGGGAAGAACACGUGGCUAGGAAAAAAUGGAACUUCUUUGCUGCUGCUUUGGAGUCUUUUUACAGACAAAAAUCAAGGAUUCGCUGGCUUCAUGAGGGAGACGCGAAUACAAGAUUUUUCCAUAGAGCUGUUUUGGCUCAUCAUGCGAUCAAUCUUAUCAAGUUCCUUAGAGGGCCAGAUGACACAAGAAUUGACAAUGUGGAUCAGAUUAAGGGUAUGGUAGUGGCCUAUUACACGCAUCUGCUCGGCACUCCUAGUGAUAUUGUCACUCCCUUCUCGGUGGAUAGAAUCCGUCAGCUCCAUCCUUUUCGUUGUGAUUCUUCUCUUGCUCUUAAGCUUUCAGUUAUCCCUAGUGAGGAGGAAAUUACUCAGACGAUGUUUUGAUUUUCUGUGACGGGUCUGAAUCUUCCAUUGCUGGGAUUCUGAAUAUUUUAGAUGUGUUUAAGAGUGGCUCAGGGCUGGGUAUUAAUAGACAAAAAACUGCUUU